GCCCCGCCCUCUGCCGCGCGUCUCUCACCCUCCGUGGCUAGUCUGGACGUGGCGGGUUGCUUUCCAAAAUGGCGCGGGUGCUGAAGGCUGCAGCCGCGAAUGCCGUAGGGCUUUUUUCCAGACUUCAAGCUCCCAUUCCAACAGUAAGAGCUUCUUCCACAUCACAGCCCUUGGAUCAAGUGACAGGUUCUGUGUGGAACCUGGGUCGACUCAACCAUGUAGCCAUAGCAGUGCCAGAUUUGGAAAAGGCUGCAGCAUUUUAUAAGAAUAUUCUGGGGGCCCAGGUAAGUGAAGUGGUCCCUCUUCCUGAACAUGGAGUAUCUGUUGUUUUUGUCAACCUGGGAAAUACCAAGAUGGAACUGCUUCAUCCAUUGGGACGUGACAGUCCAAUUGCAGGUUUUCUGCAGAAAAACAAGGCUGGAGGAAUGCAUCACAUCUGCAUCGAGGUGGAUAAUAUUAAUGCAGCUGUGAUGGAUUUGAAAAAAAAGAAGAUCCGCAGUCUAAGUGAAGAGGUCAAAAUAGGAGCACAUGGAAAACCAGUGAUUUUUCUCCAUCCUAAAGACUGUGGUGGAGUCCUUGUGGAACUGGAGCAAGCUUGAUUUAUAUUUGCAAGCAACUAAAUUAAUUGACCUGAAAAAGCCUAUCAAAUACUAUCAAAAUGUACUAUGACAUUGAGUCCUUCACUGCUUCCAUCAUGUAAAAGUUCACAGUUAAAGACUGAAUUACAGAAAGAUUAAAAUAUAUACAUAUAUAAAUACAUAAAUAUGUAUAUUAUUUAGAUUAACAAACAUAUUUGUUAAUUUGAAUUUGAAGAAAAUCUUGAUUACUAAUUACUUAGGGAACAUUAUUAAAAUCAUAUAGAAAUAAAUUAUUCCUCUUCUA